GGCCAUACAUGUGCAUUCCUUUGUUCGUGACUUCGGUCCUUCAUAUCCAUUAUGUAUCACUAUGAAGCUUUAUUAUGUGAAUAUGGUAACUGCAUCCUUCGAGGCAAACUUGUCGCACUAUUCCGCAAUAUAGUAUCAGCUUCUCAUUCUCAAGUUUAGAAUUCGGUCAAUGAACCUCACUAUGCAGACAAACACUUUCUUCCUGAGGACCAUCCCAUGGCUUCUCACACUACUUAACUCUAUUCAACUGAUUACUGCUGACCCCUCCUCAAGUGUUUCCAACCAUCAGACUUCUCCCAGUCGCUAUGUUUUUGCACACUUCAUGGUCGGCAUCGUGAGCAACCGAGCCAGCUCCGCCGAUUAUGACAAAGAUAUGAAACUCGCCCGUCGCGCUGGAAUCGAUGCAUUUGCACUGAACAUCGGCGCCGACGCAUUCACAGAUACGCAGCUCGACUAUGCCUAUGCAUCCGCAUCUACAAACCACAUGAAAGUCUUUUUAUCCUUCGAUUUCAAUUCAUGGGAUCCGGCAGAUUCAUCAUCGGUAGGGGCAAAAAUCGCAAAAUAUGCUAAUCAAACUGCUCAAUUGUCUGUCGACAACAAAGUCUUUGUUUCGACAUUUAUUGGAGAUUCUCUCAAUGUCGCUGAUGUGCGUGCUAAAGCUGGUGUUCCUAUCUUUUUCGCACCGAAUUUUAGCCCUGGAUCGUCUAAUUUUAAGGAGCUGGACGCAGCCUUCAAUUGGAUGGGCUGGCCUAAUAAUGGUGCUAAUAAGGCGCCUUCUUCCUCUUCGAAUCUCACAGUUCGUGAUGGUGAUGUGGCUUAUAUGAAUGCGUUAGCAGGAAAAGAUUAUAUUGCGCCUGCUAGUCCGUGGUUCUUCACGCAUUAUGGACCAGAGGUGUCGUAUAGUAAGAAUUGGGUGUUUCCGGCGGAGGGACAGUGGGCUCAGAGGUGGCAGGAUUUGUUGGGGUUGGGAGCAAGGUUUGUGGAAAUUGUUAGUUGGAAUGAUUAUGGCGAAAGUCAUUAUGUGGGACCGCUGUCUGCAACACAUACUGAUGAUGGAAAUUCGAAAUGGACGAAUGACAUGCCUCAUGGAGCAUGGCUCUCCCUUGCUACCCCCUUUAUACGUGCUUUUCACGACGGCGCCACUUCUCCUUUCAAUUAUAUCAAGCACGACCUCAUAGUCUACUGGUACCGUCCCAAUCCACUUUCUCUCAACUGCGAGGCCACAGAUACUACUAUGCUCGCCGCAUCAAACUCGUCUGGAGAUUACUUCAACGGUAAACCAAACGGUUGGGAAACCGAAACCGACAGUAUCUUCGUAGCCGCCUUUCUCAAAUCUCCCGGUAACGUAACCGUAGUUUCUGGGAGCGGCGCGUUCCAAUUCAACGCAGUGCAAGGUGUAAAUGUCUUUACAGUCCCCAUGGGAGUUGGAAGUCAAAUCUUCGGACUCUGGAGGAAAGGAAAAAUCGUCAUCCAGGAAACAAGUCCCAGAAAUGUGACAGAGAUAUGCGCAUGUGGAAACUACAAUUUCAAUGCAUAUGUAGGACGUGUUCCUUCAUCUCGAGGAAAGGAUGGGUUAUCGUCUGCAGGAACGGCGUUGUUGAAGACGGGGAUUAGAGUGCCUGCUGAUCAAUGCAUGGCUGUUACAGGAAAUGUAGAAGAAAUUGCGGAUGAUUUGGAUGGAAGUGUGAGUUUUUCGGAAAGUACGAGUGAGAGUUCGUCUACUAGUGUGAGUGAGAGCUCUAGUAGCACGAGUCAAAAGAGAUCGUGGAGAUCGUCAAAUCGGUGGGAAUGGAUUCAGGGGUGGAGAGAUUUCGUGGAUCUGGGUUAGAUGAUAGAUAUGUCGUACGAUCGGGUGCUUUUGACAUUGCUUUUUGUUUCUUUUUGUGAUUCUUAUUCUUUCAUGAUUCAGUUGUAAUUGAUA